CUCAACACAAUUUAAAUUGCGAAAAGUUAAUAAGUGUAACAAGCGAACCACCUGAUACUGCGAUUUUUGUGUAAAAAUUCAAAUAUAAUUUAAAAAGAGUCACUUUAAUUAUUAAAGAAGUGUCAGAUAAUUUGUGAAAUUGUUAAGUGAUUAAAAGGCCAGAUAUAAUUCAAAAUGUCAGCAUCACCAACUGCUCGUCAAGCUUUCACGCAUGUACUGCCGAAAACCAAGAAAAUUUUCAUCUCGGACCCCAUUCAGAUGCCAGAAGUUUAUUCAUCUACACCCGGCGGUACACUGUAUUCGACAACUCCUGGAGGCACAAAGCUAAUCUACGAACGCGCAUUUCUCAAGGAUUUGAGAGGUUCACCCCUAAGUCAAACACCACCAUCUGAUUUGCCUACAUGUCUUCUUCGCGGAACCCCACGCACUCCAUUCCGAAAAUGCGUCCCUCCACCGGUCGAUCUAGUCAAAAAGUCACGGUCUAUGAAAAUAGAAGACCAUGAACAGUUCCAGUUGGAAUUGUAAUAUUUCAAGACAGCGUUUACAAAGGCCCACGCUAUUCAAAAUACUGCCAUGAACAUGAUGAACAACAUGAAAAUACAUUGAAUGAAGCUCCAGAUGAGAUGAAACUUAAAAUUAUUAUCUCAUAGCGUUUUUGAGUUUUCUAUCAUAUAUUCAGAAAUUCACCUCUUCCAAAUCAUUUACAUCCGCAUUUUUAUUUAUAUUGUACGUAUUUUAUAAGUCAUGUGAUUUAUUACGAUUUUAGUUUCUUUUUAUAUUAAUUUUAUAAAAUUUGUAAAUUGUAUACUUUAGUGAAAAUGCCUGAUAAGAAACAAAAAAUCAUUAAAUAUUAUCAAUCUUCGGUCAUAUUGACCGCCAUAAAAUGUUAAGGAUUUUAUUGUUUAUCCAACAUUUAUGUGACUUUAUUCGGAUCAUUAAGAUAUGUACAUAUGUAGUUAUAAUUAGCUGGCUGUAUUAUGUACGUUAAAUAUAAGCAAAUGUAAACAUACCUAUGUGCACUCGCAUAUAUACUCAUGUUUAUUGAAAAAAUAAAAAAUAAAAAAUAAAAAUAAAAACUUAAAA